AUGAUACUGGGAUCGUUAGCACUCAUGAACAACUCAAUGUUGAAUGAAAACAUAUCAAUGUCAUUUAAAAAUAUCUCCAAGGGAAAACCAACUUUAAGUUACGCAGAUGGUCUAGUGACAAGUUAUAAGAGAAAUAAACGAAAUGGUAGUGGAACUACAUUGACACAUAAUCAUUUAGAACAUAAAUUGAGGAAUAGAUCCGUAUCAAAUCCUGUUACACCAUCGAUGAGCUCCGUAAUAUCGCAAAUUAAACAGAUGUCAGCGGAACCAAAUGUUAGAAAACAAACGUUAAGAAGAAGUUUUAGUUCAAUGCCCAAUUCAGAUACUGAAGAUAUCGCUAUACUUGAUACAGAUAGAAAUGAUGAAAACAUUUAUAUACCGAAAAGGAAACACCGAAGUUCUGAUGAGAAUAAUAGUAACUGUACUGAACGAUUCCAUCCCUUAUAUUCUGAGAGCUAUACGAAACAACAAUCACCUAUGGUACGAAAAGAACCUACAAUGAAAUUUUUCAAUGUUGAGGAUUUGGAUUUACAGGAUUCAUUAACUACAGAAGAUAUUGUCGAGAUGAUACCGCCAAUAUAUGUAAGACAUAAAUCUGAUAAAAAACUUUCAAAAAAAUUAACAUCGGAGAAAAAAAUCAUUCAGGAAAAUACAAAAGAUUUAGAGUUGGAAGUAUGGCCUGAUUCUGUUGAGCAACGAAAUACAAAUUCAGUCAAUUUAACUUCUGAGGCUGAUUUAUUACCAGAUAAUAAAAAAACUAGACAGAGGUCAAUGAAUCCAAAUUUCUUGAAAUUAUUAGCCAUUGAAAGACGUAGUAUAGAUCGAAAUAUUCUUCCUGAAGUUCAUAUAGACAAUCAAACAUUUAAUAGUCUAUCUGUACACCCUGAUACUCAAGUGGUUGACACCCUCGACUUUAAUGAUGAUGUUCGAUUAGCUAUUAAGACCAAAUUAAAGCUAUGGAAUGAUCUUGGUCGUGGGAGUUUGCGUAAUGACCCCUAUGGUGAUGCUGUCCCAUGGAACAUGGAAUUCAUCCCUUCAGAUACCCAGAAUACCGAUGACGUUGACAGUUCACUUGUGAGAGUGAACUCAACCUUAAAACCAUGGUGUAAUGAUAGCAGCGAUAUCAGAGAACAUGGUAUGUUGAAACCAUGCGGCAGAUUCACAGACGGAUCUCAAUACGUAGUUAAGGGUUGGUGUGACAGCAGAUUUAUCCCGUAA